AUGCCGCAAAGCCUUUCAAAGUUUGGGCAGUGGAAGAAAGUAAGACAAAUUAUCUCCUGUUUGAGCUGUUACACCUGUGUAUUCCCGGCCAUCUCUCCUCUGGACUGCUUUAAGUUUCCUCAGGAGUGUCCAACUGGGCAGCGCUGCCUGUCCAGUACUGCUACAGGAAGACGGGGCUCUCUACAAGUGACGAUGUACGAGAAAAGCUGUGCAGUCCUGGCCCAGUGUGGAGUGAGUGGACAGAAAUACGCGUCUGGCCUCUACUUCAACUACACCAACGUCUGCUGCGACACAGACCUGUGUAACGGGGCAGCGUCCUUUGCUGCCCUCAGCUGGGGAGGAGCAGCUCUCUGCCUGCUGCCUGCGCUCUCUCUGCUGCUGGCCUGAACGUCAGUGACCUGGACAUGACGACACUCAGUGGUGGAAUGUAACUAAGCACAUUUACUCAAAGUUUUGAGGUACUUGUACUUUACUUGAGUAUAUCCAUUUUUCUUUAUACAUUAACUCCACUACAUUUUGGACGCCAACUUAAAAUAUAAACUAAUACAUUAAGUUGCAUUAUUAUAAGUCACUACCCAGCAGUAUAUAGUAAUUUAAUGAGCUCCAACUUUACCAGGGAACAUGUCGUAUGGUGCACUCAUAUUAUCUGACAUUUUCCUACCCAUAGUAUCCAUUUAUCUUUUUAAAAAGGCUCAAAAUAAAGACUACAUUUUUUAAAAUACAAAAUAUGACAAUGUGAAGUAGCUUACAAAAACAAUUACAAAUAUGCAAUAUCACAAUAUAUUGUCAAAAAAUAAAAAACAUAACUUAAAAUAUAAACUGUUAAGACAAUCUCAAGGCGAAGUCUAUUUAGUUGUGGUUCUGGAACUUUCAUAUAUCACAUGGUCUUCAUCAGGAGAUAAGAAUUUGCUCAGUUCAGAUGAUCACAUUUAAAAAGCUUUCUGGGCACUUUGAAGACUUCUUGUCUAUUCAAACAGUUGGUUAAUAGUUCAUACUUGACUUUGGAAACAGCAGCUGACUAAACAUUCUCACCUCAUCAAACGGCUGUUCUGGUUAUUUUGAUCUUAUAUUACACGAUCUUCAACAAAUAGAUGUUCCAGACUUUCAGAUUAAAGUUCAACUAUUCGUUUAGUCUCAUUUCAUUUCUAAAUUGAAAUGAGACUGCUUUGAACUUUCACAACAAGAUGGACCAGAAGUCUUAAAAAGAAAAAAAAAAAAAGUGGAAAUUUGAACGUCCACAUUUCCAUGUCAAACGAGACAAACUGCCUAAAUGGAUGUUAAAGUUUGAAACUCAAAAUACGUACAUACCGUUUCAAUUUUAGACGAUAUUCUUAGUUUUGUCUGACCCAAUACUGAAACUAGUAAAACUUUAAAUAACUAAUGAAGAGAUUCCUUCUUAUUUGUGCUCCAUUUGAUAUGUAUUUUCUGUGUAUGUAUACAUUCUUUAAUUACCGCACUGACAGCAUGUUUACAAUCAAGCUUUGCGCGUACCGCUUGUACGGACUAGUGAGGUUGUAUGUCUUCAUGUCGUUCCCCUACAGAAUGGCUAAAAAGUAAAAAAAAACACACAUCCGUCACUGCUUGAUUUAUUAUCAAGAUAUUUCUUUAUUGGGAUAUUAAUAAACGUGUCUUUGUAAAGGGCUUCGAAGUACAAAAUACAUUUCAGAUGUGUUACUAGUUUGAUUGUCUUCAUCGAUUAUUUGAAUCUACUGGUUUAGUGUCCACACCACUGUUUGGAUCCUGUGGACUUUUAAGUGCAACUGCUUUUGACUACCUGACAUGAAAAAGUACAAAAUAAAAAGGUUAAAAUAUUUGUAGGGGAAGGCAUAGGGGUGGGAAACAAAGUAAAAAGCACAAUACGAGUCUCAAAACAAAAAGAACACAUGUCAUGAA